UCUUUGAAAAAUGAUGAGAAAUCCGCCAAAACUGAUGUUCAGAUGCUUCUGGAAAUAGGUCAGAAACAAAGAGAACAAAUGAAGUCUCUUCAGGAGAUGCUGCAAAAUCAACUUAAAGAAACAUCUGAGAAAGCAGAAAAACAAGAGGCUACUAUAAACUUUUUAAAGACUGAAGUGGAAAGAAAGAGCAAAAUGAUCCGAGAUCUCCAGAAUGAGAAUAAAAGCUUGAAAAACAAACUCUUGUCAGGAAACAAACUGUGUGGCAUCCAUGCAGAAGAGUCAAAAAAAAUCCAAGCCCAGCUGAAGGAGCUUCGUUACGGGAAGAAGGAUUUAUUAUUUAAGGCCCAACAGCUUACUGAUCUGGAACAAAAAUUAGCUGUGGCCAAAAAUGAGCUGGAGAAAGCAGCUCUUGACCGGGAGUCACAGCUGAAAGCAAUGAAAGAGACUGUACAGCUCUGCCUGUCGACUGUUUUCCGUGCUCAACCUCCCCCUUUGAGUCUCAUCAGGUCAAAUCCAACUCAGAUGUCAAUUCCACCCGGGACAAUUGACACUAAGAUUCCAGAUGCAGACACACAAAGCCAGCCUCAACAGAGCACUCCUGGAAGCCCUCAAGUUGAAAUAACAAAGCAAGAAAAUCUGAAAAUCCCUGAGUGUGAUCCUCAAAAUGUUUUACGAGGCACGACCUGCUUAAUGAAGCACAGAGAAAAUCCCCCAAGUUUUCUCACUGCAGAACCAACGCCUGCCCCGCAGAAAUUGCAAAUGCCUCCUUGUGCUGGAUGUGAGGUGAAGAAAACCCCAGAGAAGCAAUUGACCAGCUUUGAAGGGAGAGCAACUAGAGAAGAAAAGAUACUAUAAAUACCAAGAAACUGUGUUAAGAAGCAUCCAUUUGCUAUCGUCUUCAUACUCUUUUUAGACCACAGGCUGGAUGGAAGUACUAAGUUUUUAAAGCAUGCAACUUUUUCACAAUUUUAUGUAACUUUAUAAAGUAGUCUACAAAUUUUCCAAAAGAUUCCAGGCCAAUUAUGAUCCUUAAGCAAUAACCUAAUUAAAAUGGAUAUCCACAGUCAUAAAUAGUCAUUGUCAUCAGUAAAUUGCCCAGCAUAAAUUUGUCUGUUUCGAACUCAAAUGCAAUGUAACAUUUAAUUCUUCUGGUUCAUUUGGGUAUCUAGCACUUCUGUGAUCUAGUUUUUGAAAUCAACUGGAGGAUGAUAAAAUGUUGUGGAUCCUCAGCAUUCUUAGAAUCCAAAUUGCAAACAUAUCAAAGAUUUUGGUCCACAUUGGCCAAUUGGAGUCCCUUUCCUCAAGGUUGAAAUAUGUGUCGACCUGAAUAUAUUGUUUAUUUGAGGGUGUUUAUUGCUCUUCUCAUUAUUAUUUUGAACCACAUAACGUCAAGGAAGUUCUGUCAGGGAUUUAGUUAGUUAACAGAAUGCAUUAAAUAUGUUUGAUAUGAUGUAGGCAAAAUAUAUGGAUGAAUGACUAAAUUUCUGACACAUUGAUCAGAUUUUUUGGCAUUCUAUAGACACAUCCCUAUGCUUGUCUGCUGGAAUUACUGAGUUAGAAAUCAAGUCAUUUGAAAUGCUCGGCAUGAUUUUUGGCAUGAAAUUUGGUAGUGGAAUGUGAGAUGGGAAGAGGGUUCCAAAAUACAAAUAUGCAAGCAGAUAAUAUACAUUUAAAAAUGGAGAUUUGGUGAAAGUAAAACAGCCAUGAACUCAGAUUUGUAUAUUUUGAAAACAAAUGUAUAAUUAAAACAAAUCAAUGACCGUGAUAAUCAUUGAAGUUGGGGCUCCUCAUAGGAAUAUCACUGAUCAAAUAAAUGCACUCCUGAAUAAUCUGAAUGUAACUCACAAGCAAGAGGAAUUGACAUUAGUAUGUGAUUAUCUGAUUAAUAGGACUGACAUAGCAUCAAACUUACAGACUCAAAUUAAUGGGUUAAAUGAUCCAGUUAUGUUGACUGCACUGAAUAUAGUCACUCCUGCUGGUUAGAUCUAUUUUGCAAAUGCAGAAAGCAUACAAAACCAUUGGUUUUAUAGAACGGAUCUGCCAAGCCACAAUUAAUACAUUCGGAGCACUGGGUUCUGGCAGGCUGUGUUAGAAGAUAGUUAAUAAAAAUAUAUAUAUUAAAUGAAAUCUAUAAUCGAUAGAUGAACUUAAAUUCUGAGAUAUAAUGGGAUACCUUUGGUCACAAUGAUAUAUUCAAAGAAAUUUAGUGAUUUGGGGAAAUGGCAAACUAUCAUUAAAGUAAAAGUAAUGUUGUGCUAUAUUCACAUAGCAACUGUACUUGCAGAGUAAUUCAUGGUCAUUUAUCAAUAUUUUUCAGAUUACAGGCUACCUAAGAAAGAAAGAGAAUCCGUUUUAUAGAUGAUCAUAGAGUUUUCAGAUGAGGUGACCAGGAUAAAAGAAAAGAUCAAAGUCCGAAGUUCCUGCUGACUCCUUCUCAGCUUUAAACAUUGUGUACUUCUAUGAGAUGGAAUAUUGCUUGUUUCCCGAGUCCUGUUCCUUGUAAUUUCCCCACUGUAUCCAGAAACCCUAACCAUCUCCAGAGGUUUAUGAAAGGGAAGCAGAUACUUGAGUUUUAGUUCAGGUUCACUUUCACGCCCUCAUCCUGUGCCCCAACUUUCCUCCUAGACUCUAUGGAUCCUACGGAAAGUUAAUCACCAGUCCACCUUAGCACAGUAUGUUUGAAGGCAUCUAUGGAACUAAUAAAAAGAAUCAGGUUGAUAUUUUCUGAAAUUUUUAUAGGAUAACAUGUGGAAAGAUGAGAAUUUGGCUUAAUAUUAAUCAAAUUUGAACAGCUUCAUUUGUAAAUUAUUUUUUCUAUGCUCUAAAUUCCUAUUCUAGUAUGUGACAAUAUAAUCAAUUUGCUUCUCUUAAUUACUAGCAUGAUCAAGUGGGCUUUGAAUGAGUAUAAUGUAUAUGUCUUUUUCUUUAACAAUAGAUAGGAUUAUGCAUCCUGCAGAGUUUACUGUGGUAUAUUCAUUGCAUUAUUUGUCUCAAAACAAAAAGAAUUUGUAGCAGAAGAGCUUUAUAAGUAUUUUUAAGAAAUAUUCCAGGAGUUCCUUUUAAUAAUUAAGCACAGAAUUAUUUUAUAAUAUGUUCUAUAACUUUACCAUAAUGAAUGCAUUUUAUUUCUCUCAAUCUUUAAUUGCUUUAAAAUAGCAUCAGAGAGGUUUAAAAUGCUUUACUUACAUGUGUGGCUUUGUCUAUAAAAGAGGUGACAUUUCUUAUUAUUUCUUUUAAUUAACAGCUAUCUAAAUAGAUGUUGUUUUUGAGGAGUUAACAUUUAUAGUCUAACUAUUCUCAUAUGGAAGAAAAACAUUAACCUAAAUUUUGAAUGUAGAUAGUACAAUUCUAUUAUGUACCUAAUAGUAAGUCGUGAAAGAUUACUUAUGCUUUGCAAAAUAUGAAUUGAUUCCUAUUGAGAAACAAACAUACUUUCUGAUGGAAUAACUUGUUUUAAUAUAGGUACUACCUAAACUAAGAAUUUAUUUCUCUCUAGUUAUUUUAAAAUACUAAUCAAUGCUUUAUUUUCAUUUUAAGCUCAGAAUUUGUUUGGGAUUUUGUAUUUCCUUUUUUAUGCAUUAACUACGUAAAUUGAACUAGUGCCUAAAAUGUAUUUGAGCUAAAUGAAUGCUAACUGUGUCUAUCCAAUGCCAACAUUCUCAGAUGAAAAGCGAAAAAUUCAGUAACUCAUCUGGAUGUGGUUUUCUGUGUGAUCUCAAAUUUCUGAGUACUGAAUAUACUAGAUGGCUAACUAUUUUUUUUCUGUCUUGAAUCGUAUAUUUAGCAUUGCAGUGCUCUUUCAGACACAAUUCUGUUUCAUGAAUAAACUGGAUGACAAGUCUAAGACAGUUAUAUGUGCAGGAGACAUUUGCUGUUUUAGAUUGACAAUUUGGAUAGCUGGAUUAAAACAAUGUUUGAGAACUUUGCUAUAAUGGAAUCUUUUAUUUUUAUAGCUCAGGCACUGUAAUCAGCACUUACUGCAGCAGAGGCUGAAGUAAUUAUUGACACCAUAGAGUCAGGUGAGCUGGCCAGACGUGGGAAGCAAUGAAAACAUAUACUUGUUUACCUAGGCGACAUUUUCUUAGUCAUGUGUACAAUCUUAGAUUUCCCCAAACUAUUUGCUCAUCUGGAUUAUGUUACAUAAUAUUAUUAGUCAAGUGAUGAAGAAUAAAAGGUACUGAAAGAUG